UGUAGUUACGUUCUGACUCUGGUCAACGACGAAAGGAUCAAAUAACAUAUUAUUUAUAUUGAUAUACAAUAUGUCUUCGACAUCCUCCGAGAACUCGUCUCCGUACACCCCAAACGUGAUUUUUGACGCUUAUUUAGAAUCCGAUGACGACGUCUUCUUCGACUGCAGGUCGCACACGCCGUCGCCGAUAAUAAGUAAUCCUUGUGAUCCAUCAGAAGUCAACAGCCUCCACGUGCCAGCGACUCCAAGGCGCAGGUGCUUUAAUUUGCACGAUUUAGACGGCCCAUUGCUUAAUCCCCAUAAGCUUGCGAAAAUCUUUGACAAUCCGCCCGCGUCAACGUGCAAGAACGAGUCUCAGGACUCGUUGGCAUUGGUAAAUGAGAGCACCGAUGCUAACGAAUCAAAGGUACAGAUUGGGGGCAACGUUAGGAGGAGUAAGCUGCCGCGUCCUCUGCGAAGUCUCCCCGCAAAGUCGGCCACUAAGAUCCCCGGGAGACCUGACCAAGGUGGUAACGCGAUCACCAGUAAGCUCCCGCAGCAGCCGGUCGUCCAGAAAAACGAAUCGAGCUCCGUGGGCAGAUGCAGCGGUGUCCACCAGUCCAAGUACUGGAUCCUGAAGAACCCCAAACAAACGGGAAAACCGUUACCACCGAGAAGACCCCUGCAGCCGAUCGAUGCCAACAACUGCAAACGACCAGUGCAGCAGCCGGUCAUCCGGAAAAGUAAACAGAGUCUGGCUGGAAUUUCGAGUAGCGUAAGCAGCUUCAGUGUAAGCCACGGCAGCAGUUGUAGGGUCGAGAUGGCGUGUACCAUCCAGUCGCAGGAGUCAUCCAAGGUUGCAGCGAAGAUGCCGGUGAGCCACCGCCCGAUGCCCCAAAGGUCCAAGUCGGUGGUUGGCCUGUCCGUGACGGGGACGCACUACGUGGCCAAAAAGAAGAAAUAUCGUGUAAGUGAGCCCAAAGUGUCGAGCGACAAUCUCCAGGUCAGCAGGUCAAAGUCGUCUAUUAUGAACAGGAAGAGCUUGAAGGGCUACGCUGGGACACCGAUCAAGCCGGUCAGCGAGCUGUGCAGGAUCUUUUCGCCCCACCGUCAAGCUGUAAAAUAUAGGGCUUGAAUUUACUGCGAACGGCAAAUUUUACUUUUUAAUCCCUCCUGUUUAAGUCCAGAAUGACCAAAAAAUUCGGUGGAUUAUUAAGGUCUAGAUCGAGAUGUGUAAUCUAUUGGGGGCAGGGGGGCAUACGAUUUUCACUCUGGUUAAUUUAAGUUUUGUAUCAUAGUGUAAUGAUGUUUUCAAAUUAUUUAAACUAGAACACUUUUGGAAAAUGACAUAAAAAAUAAACCGUUGUAACUAUAAGAUAAUAGGACUUGCUAAGUAUUUUAAAAAAAGUCAAGAAAUCUCAUGUACAUACAUGUAAUUCAAUAUUUGACGCUAAAUUGUGACGUCCUUAAUUUAUUUGCUUAACAAUUGAUUUUUUUUGAUAUU